AUGAAGGCGUCUCCGUGGACCGGCUCGCGCGUGACGUUGGCGUGGUUGAUCGUGCUGCUCGCCUCCGCCGCCCUCGUCGCCUCCGACGACGCAGGAUUCUCGCCGCCGACCGCCGUACCCGCGGGUCCGCUGCAUCCGGCACCUCGCGCCGCCGUAGCCGCCCUGCCCCUGCCCCUGCCCCGCAAGGUCCUCCGCCCGCCAGGUAAACCGCAAGCCCCGUCCCGUAACGGCAGCGCGGACGCCGUCGGUGGCGGAGGGGCGCGGCCGAGCCGGAUGGAUGAGGGUUGCGCUGGCGUGGAGGACAUCGAGAUCUACCAGGACCACGCGUCGCCGCUGCCGAGCGGGGUGCCGUCGUACAAGGUGGAGGUGACGAACCGGUGCGGCGUGGACGGGCGAGAGUGCGCGAUCGCUGGCAUCCACGUGCGGUGCGGGUGGUUCAGCUCGGUGAGCCUGGUGGACCCGCGCAAGUUCCGCCGCGUCCGGCACGAUGACUGCCUCCUCAACGACGGGCGGCCGCUUCUCGGCGGCGAGACGCUGUCCUUCGAAUACGCCAACUCCUUCCCGUACCGCCUCUCCGUCUCCGUCGCCACCUGCGUCGACCCCACCACCUCGCCCUAACCACCGCCGCCCACGCACGCACUCACCAUACGGAUCGGAGCUUACUGGAACACGUAUAAACUCAUAGCACACUAUACUACGUACAAGCAUCGUUAGUUGAGAUGGGAAUAAGUGUAAGUAACUGAUGGUGAUUUUGUUAGCUUCUUCGGUCACGCGUGCGAACGGAGGCAAAGUAACUAGCUAGCCUCUGCUUGUUUUGCCAAUGAUGGU